AUGUCAACUUCGGGAGGAAUCUCGCUGGACCAUUUCCAUGCUCGCUUGACUGUGCUGCAAAAGCAGCAUCAAUCCCUCAAAGCAGCCGACUGGGAAAUGCGAGCAACACAAUCCGAGCGAUGCCGUUCUUCACUUGAGAAAGCCGUCAAGAGUCUAUUCCAAGUCAUAACUCUCGUUCGAAAACACGACAAACGUCUUGUCGCAUGGCACGACCGCAGUCCACAUCUCAAAUCGGCUCUUCGUCUAAUCGGCAUUGAUCGACGAACAGAACAUACCGUGAAUAAGACUACGGCGAAACUCAAGAAUGGCGUGCAUAAGGUCGAGACGCAGUUCGAGUACGCCGGGCAGGUCAUAGGAGAGAGUAUCGAUGAUACCACACGCUUCCAGAAGGACUUUUCGCAAAUUAGUCACUCUGGAGUUGAGGAGAAUCUUCAAGCUAUGAGAGCUGCUGAAGCUGAGCUGAAACAGGAGCUGGAGGACCUCAAAUAUCAGAUCCAGAAUCAGGAUGUGGAGUGUUCUGGGGCAAUGGCAGAGCUGACGCUGCAGAUCCAACGGCUUGAGAAGCUUACUGCAGAUCAUGACUCUGCAAGAGCCUGGAAAAACACAUGGGGAGCGGUUACGGUACUUGCGGCGGCGGGAGCUUUUGCAAUGCCGGUUGUUGGUAUUUCUGUAGGAAUAGUAGCCGGUGUCAAAACUCUUAUGAAUUCCGAGCAACAAGAAGCCCUCAGAGUUCAGAAAGAACAACACGAGCUUCUCGUCCAAAGCCACGACUCAGAAUUGAAGUCGCUUCAACUCCAAAUGGCACAAUCAGGUCAUCACCACGACAGUUGCGCCCAUUACAUGGAUCAAAUCAAGCAGAUCCAAACCGCAAACUUGACUAUUCGUCAAGAAUCAAGCAGAGCGUUCAAGACUUUGUGUGAAGUGCAGAUGGCACUAGAGAAGGCGAGGCUCAACAUCUUUGAGAUAUCACAGGAACUGCAGGAAUGUCAAUACGAGAAGACAAGGCGUGGGAUGGCGGCAAGGUUGGAUGGGAUCUUGAAGAAUAUUCUGCAGUUUCCUGCAAAGGCGAAGUUGAAGGCUAUUGACCAGAAGCUCAUUGAGCAGGCUACGGGUGGGAUACGUGCUAUUUCUGAUGCGACGGCUGAGGUUAUGGCCAUUGUGGUCUCAAAAUUGCAUUACCAACUCAGAAUGGCAUCGUAUAGUAGUCGGACGAUCCAUUCUCUUACAGGCGGGACCAACGCAACGGAUCAAGCAUCUGCAGAUAUCAUAGCUCUUCAUGGUCUAGGAGGCGAUUGGAAUCGUACCUGGAGCUCCUUCGGAUACUGCUGGCUCAAGCACGCCCUCGUACCCAAGUUCCCAUCAUGCAGAAUCCUCUCUCUCAACUAUCCAGAUAUGCUCUCUAUUUUAUCAGCACACCCUCCCGACAUAAAUGGCCUCAUUCACGAUAUCAUCAGAGACCGCCGUCAAGAGAACCGCUCAAAGUCACCCAUUAUCUUCCUCGGUCAUAGCUUUGGUGGCACGGUUCUUAAGCAGAUGUAUGUUGCUACACACCCUUCCAACACAGAUGAUCCAGAGUACAAAGCGCUCCAUAGCCAGAUUCGUGGCUACGUGUUCUUUGGGGCAAUCCAUAAAGACAGAGACAUGAGUCGGGCUAAGCUUGAAGUCCCUGAAUUUUGGAGAGCUUUGAGUCGCGGAGCUGCUGGUACACUGGGCGGCCAUUCCCAUGAGUUGGAAAAGGCAAUGUAUACCACCUUUCGUGUGAAUCAUGCCUUUCGUCGUCUUGGUGGAGAGAACCUCCUCAUCAACUGCUUUUAUGAGACCAAGGGACCCGGCGGGCUGAGUAGACGUGUUCUCAUUACUCAGGAAGAAUCAACUCUGGUCUCCCGUCCCGUUCCUACCAUGCCCUUGGAUCUCGACCACCAGUCUCUCGUCUGCUUCAAAAGUCCACGAGAUGAAAACCUCGCUCGUGUACUCGACGCUCUUGAUUCGUUCAUGAUUCGAGCAAUGGACGUCGAAACUCGACUGCAUAGGCCUAUGGCGCCUGAAUCUCGGGGUCUGUGCCUCUUGUCACUUGAUGGAGGCGGUGUCAAGGGUUUGUUUAGCAUCAUCGUCAUUGGCCGGCUGAUGCAGGAGACACGUCGCCUUGAAGGCCCUGGUGCAGAACACAAAAAGCCCUGCGACUAUUUCGACCUCAUUGGCGGCACAAGUACAGGAGGCUUACUAGCAAUCAUGCUCGGUCGGCUUCAGAUGGACACUCAGCUCUGUAUUCAAGCUUACAAGUCACUGUCCAAGGAAGUGUUCUCUAGAAAAUUCAAGGUCCCCUUCCUGGAAAGCUUCCGCAAAGCAAGCAAUGUCGCUCUAAGCUGGUCAUGGUUUGAUGGCGAUAAACUCAAAGAAGCCGUUUGUCGUACCGUCAAAGAAAACCUUCUUCCCAGUGACUCGGCUAUGCUGAGGCAAAGCGGCUGCACAGUGGAGGACCUGACUCUCAUCACCGACAUGAAGUCUGCUACGUACUCUUUCGUCUGCGCCGUGCCCAAGUACGAGGAAAAGGUGAAGAGAAUACGAUCAUAUGAACCCCUCGACCAACAAACAAAUGCUCCCGCUGAAAGGUUCAAAAUCUGGGAAGCUGCACGAGCAACCUCAGCAGCACCAAUGUACUUCCCACACAUAGAAGCCGGCGGCGUUUCUUACUUCGAUGGUGGACUCGAGAGUAAUAACCCCGUCAUUGAAGUAAUCGAAGAAGCGAAACAGGAGUUCCCGGAUGACAAGAUUUCCACCGUGAUUAGUGUUGGUACUGGUGCAUACCAAGCCUCAGACGCAAGCGCAGGCCUUGCAGGUUUCAUGAACUACAUGAUCAACAUGGCCACGAGCACAGAGAAGCAUCACAGAGCUGUUCUUGAGGACCCGAGAUUCGCAGAUAUCAGGAAGGAAGGAUACUUUCGACUCAACGGGACGCUUGAACUCGGAGCCAUUGACCUCGCCGCUGUGGAACGAAUGGAUGAGAUUGAAUGUCUGGCCGAGGCCUAUCUGAGUUCAAACGAGGGUCAACAACAAAUCGGCAUGUGUGCUGAGCGUCUAGUUGAGAGGGCAAGGCACCCCUGA